AUGCAGCAGCCCAUUGAUAUUGCUCGCUUCCUGAGCACUCAAUGGCCCUGUAGGGAAAUACAGUCACGACAGCUUGCGACCUUACUCCAUCCUCACAUCCCUAGUCCACCCACAUUUGUUGUCCAUGGUGUAUCAGCAACUUGCAAAUCGACCGUUGUCCGUGGUGUCCUCUCCUCUCUUGGGGUCCCACACGCCGUUGUUCGCAGCACCGAGUGCGUUACAGGCCGACAUCUCCUCACGAAAAUAUUAUGGAAUACCCUCGAAGCUCUGGACCAGAAAGAUGAGUGGGAAAAGUUCGGCAAAGGACGAUGCGAGAACGUCAGCAACCUCGUCGUGUUGCUAGAUGAAUGCCUUGCAGCCAGAUCGCCAGAACGCCAAGGAAAGUUUGUGCUCGUGCUGGAUGAAAUAGAUAAACAAAGAGAAGCACCACCUACCUUGCUUUCGGCACUAGCUCGCCUAGGUGAAAUUAUCCCGACGCUUUGCGUGGUUCUCAUCCUUGGUUCUACUCCACGACCGCUGUUCCUGCAGAUCGCCGCUGUUCCACAUAUCAGUUUCCCUCCCUAUACGCGCAAGGAAGCUAUCGACAUCUUGCUAGCAUCCCCCAUCCCUGUGGUAGAGGGCAUACCUACUGAAACCUCUUCGCGGAUAUACCCACACUUUGUGGCUACUGUGUACGAAACCUUGGUCGGACCAACAGCUGGCUCUAUACCCAAUUUCCGGUCAAUCUGUGAUCGACUAUGGCCACUUUUCGUCGCUCCUGUUGUGCAGGGCGAAGCCCCUCCAAGUGGCAACACAGAAUGGGAUUUCACCCGGCUGCUGGUUAAGAACCGCGCGUUGUUCAGACAUCAGGGCGACAGCAACUGCUGCCUCCUCCGCUCUCCCUCCCUACCCUACUUCUCCACCUUAAUCCUAACAUCUGCAUAUCUCGCAUCCCACACACCCCAACGCCUCGACACAAUCUUCUUCUCCAAAUUCUCCUCAUCUUCUCUAUCAGCACGAAACAAGCGAGCACACCACCGCCGCCGUCUAAAAGUCCUCUCCCAAGCCCAAGCUGAAGAACUAUCAGCAGCACGAGACAACUCAUCCCCAAAGAAGAGUAAACGCACAAAAACUCGUAUCACGAAAUCAACCCUCUCCUCCGCAUUCGCAACCUCCUCGGCAACAACAUCCGCCAUCGGUGGAGGUGCCGGAAUCACAGGCCCCUCGACAAUUCUCACUGCACGUCCCUUCCCACUAGAACGUCUGCUAGCAAUCUACCACGCCAUCGACCCAAACCCACCCGCAAACCCGAUCCGAACAGGCGCAGUCGCUGAUCAAAUCUAUGCUGAACUAGCCACGCUUCGUCGAUUACGUCUCGUCGUUCCUGCGUCGGGUCAUGUCGGGUUCGCUAGCAUAGGCACUGGCAAUACGAGCGCUGAUGCGGGUGAGAAGUGGUGUGUUAAUGUCUCCGGGGAUUGGAUUGGUGAGCUUGCUAAGGGGAUUGGAGUUGAAGUUGGAGAGUGGCUGGCUGGUGGUCUGGAUUAG